UCGUCAUGAACUAGACAAAAUCUGCGACAGAAAUAGGAAAUGGCGUCAUCGAGAAGCGACUUGAACAGUACCAAUCAUAUUGAGUAAAUGCGGUCUAGCUAUAACUAACCGUAGACACGCUUCUGCGGAGAUAAAAAAAAAAGGGGGAAACGACAGCUCUUAUUCUCCCCACCCCGUAAAAUCUCGCAGCGGUUUACUUCACAGCUGCUACUGAUGAAAAGGUGCGAUGGACAGUGAAGUUCAGAGAGAUGGCAGAGUUCUCGACCUCACCGAUGAUGCCUGGAGAGAAGAUCGGCUGCCUUACGAAGAUGUUACAAUUCCUCUGAGUGAACUUCCAGAAGCAGAGCAGGAUAAUGGCGGAUCAACUGAGUCAGUCAAAGAGCAAGAAAUGAAGUGGUCUGACUUGGCCCUCCAGAGUUUACAUGAAAAUACACCGAGUACUGCGACGUAGGAUAAAGUGCAAUUUUAUUUCAGUUUGUAUUCACGCUGUCUUGCUAAUCACUCAGUAUUCAAAGAACUCCGAAUUACGAAAACCACUUACUUAUGUCUGAACCAUUUUGAAACCAAGUUUACUACAAAAUGUCUCUUGCCAAAUUUUACGUGACCCAUUGUAUUCUGCUCUCUUGUGUAAAGUUAAAUUUUAUUUAAAAAAACCCCGAAGUGAUUAAUGCAGUAGAAAGUGGUUACAAUGUCUCACCUUUGAGUUCUAUCUGUGAAUCUUAUUAGAAGGAAAUAAAACUUAACUAAAAAGGGCCUUUUGUUACACUAAACAAGAAUGACUGACUGACUGACUGACUGACUGACUGAUGCACUGAGAAAUUAA